GCUGCCGGUGCGCGGCCGGGAGCGAUCGCCGCGGGGCAGGGGCGCGGCGGACACCGCGCAGAGCGCGCAGAACAGACGGACGGCGGCGGGGACCCGACGGCGGCGCCUCCGCACUCCCCAGACUCCGGCCAGCGCCCCCCUGCCAGCCGCAAGCACCCAGCCCCGGCCCACUCCGGGCUCUCGAUGGCCCCCGAGGCCGGGGCGACCCUGCGCGCGCCGCGCCGGCUGUCCUGGGCGGCGCUGCUGCUCUUGGCCGCGCUGCUCCCCGUCGCCUCCUCGGCGGGGGCCCCAGUUGACCACCCACUGAAGCCAAGGCAUGUGAAACUGCUGUCCACUAAAAUGGGCCUGAAAGUCACGUGGGACCCACCCAAAGAUGCUACCAGUAGACCUGUGGAGCAUUACAACAUUGCCUAUGGGAAGUCACUGAAAAGUCUUAAAUACAUCAAGGUGAAUGCGGAGACAUACUCCUUCCUUAUUGAGGAUGUGGAGCCGGGGGUAGUGUACUUUGUGCUGCUUACUGCAGAAAACCACAGUGGAGUGAGCCGUCCUGUUUACAGAGCUGAAAGCCCACCUGGAGGUGAAUGGAUCGAGAUUGAUGGUUUUCCCAUUAAGGGUCCAGGACCAUUUAAUGAAACCGUCACAGAAAAGGAAGUGCCCAACAAGCCCUUGCGUGUGCGUGUCCGGUCCUCAGAUGACAGGCUGUCCGUUGCGUGGAAGGCACCACGCCUGUCUGGAGCCAAGAGUCCACGCAGAUCACGGGGUUUUCUCCUGGGCUACGGGGAGAGUGGCCGGAAGAUGAGUUAUGUUCCACUGACAAGAGAUGAACGGACACACGAAAUUAAAAAGCUAGCCUCGGAAUCCGUGUAUGUGGUCUCCCUGCAGUCCAUGAACUCUCAGGGCCGGAGCCAACCAGUCUACAGGGCUGCCCUAACAAAGCGAAAGAUUUCAGAAGAGGACGAAUUGGAUGUACCUGACGACAUCAGCGUCCGGGUUAUGUCAUCUCAGUCUGUGCUUGUGUCCUGGGUGGAUCCUGUUCUUGAGAAACAGAAGAAAGUUGUUGCAUCAAGACAGUACACCGUGCGCUAUCGAGAGAAGGGGGAAUUGGCCAGGUGGGAUUAUAAGCAGAUCGCUAACAGGCGUGUGCUGAUUGAGAACCUGAUUCCAGACACCGUGUAUGAAUUUGCAGUCCGUAUUUCACAGGGUGAAAGAGAUGGCAAAUGGAGUACGUCAGUCUUCCAAAGAACACCAGAAUCUGCCCCUACCACAGCUCCUGAAAACUUGAACGUCUGGCCAGUCAAUGGCAAACCUACAGUUGUCGCUGCAUCUUGGGAUGCACUACCAGAGACUGAGGGGAAAGUGAAAGAAUACAUUCUUUCAUACGCCCCGGCUCUCAAACCAUUUGGAGCAAAGUCCCUCACCUAUCCUGGAGACGCUACUUCUGCCUUGGUGGAUGGUCUGCAGCCUGGGGAACGCUAUCUUUUCAAAAUCCGGGCCGCAAACAGGAGAGGCCUGGGACCUCACUCCAAAGCCUUCAUUGUCGCUAUGCCAACAACCAGUAAGGCGGAUGUUCAGCAGAAUACGGAGGACAAUGGGAAACCCGAAAAACCUGAGCCUUCCUCACCUUCUCCCAGAGCUCCAGCUUCCUCCCAACACCCCUCUGUGCCUGCUUCUCCCCAAGGGAGAAGUGCCAAGGACCUUCUUCUUGACUUGAAGAACAAAAUAUUGGCUAAUGGUGGGGCGCCCCGAAAACCCCAGCUUCGCGCCAAGAAGGCAGAGGAGCUGGAUCUUCAGUCGACAGAAAUCACUGGGGAGGAGGAGCUGGGUCCCCCGAGGCCGCCAAGUAGACACGGCCACUCGGUGGUUGCUCCCGGCAGGACUGCAGUGAGGGCCCGGAUGCCAGCGCUGCCCCGAAGGGAAGGCGUAGAUAAGCCUCGCUUUUCCCUGGCCACGCAGCCCCGCCCAGGGGCGCCCCCCUCAGCUUCGGCCUCUCCUGCCCACCACGCGUCCACCCAGGGCACCUCUCAUCGUCCUUCCCUGCCUGCCAGCUUGAAUGACAACGACUUGGUGGACUCAGACGAAGACGAGCGCGCUGUGGGCUCCCUCCACCCCAAGGGCGCCUUCGCCCAGCCCCGGCCAGCCCUGUCCCCCAGCCGCCAGUCCCCGUCCAGCGUUCUCCGCGACAGAAGCUCCGUGCACCCCAGCGCAAAGCCAGCCUCGCCGGCGCGGAGGACCCCCCAUUCAGGGGCCGCAGAGGAAGAUUCCAAUGCCUCAGCCCCACCCUCAAGACUUUCUCCACCCCAUGGGGGAUCAUCUCGGCUGCUGCCCACCCAGCCACACCUGGGCUCUCCACUUUCCAGGGGCGGGAAGGAUGGUGAGGACGCCCCAGCCACCAACUCCAAUGCGCCAUCACGGUCCACCAUGUCCUCCUCCGUCUCUUCUCGUCUCUCGUCCAGGACGCAGGUCUCUGAGGGAGCGGAGGCUUCUGAUGGUGAAAGCCACGGUGACGGCGAUAGGGAAGACGGCGGAAGGCAGGCGGAGGCCACGGCCCAGACGCUGCGGGCCCGGCCUGCCUCUGGACACUUCCAUUUGCUCAGACACAAGCCCUUUGCUGCCAACGGGAGGUCUCCAAGCAGGUUCAGCAUUGGGCGGGGACCUCGGCUGCAGCCCUCCAGCUCCCCACAGUCCACUGUGCCCUCCCGAGCCCACCCCAGGGUUCCCUCUCACUCCGAUUCCCACCCUAAGCUUAGCUCAGGUAUCCAUGGAGACGAGGAGGAUGAGAAGCCGCUUCCUGCCACCGUUGUCAAUGACCACGUGCCUUCCUCUUCCAGGCAGCCCAUCUCCCGGGGCUGGGAGGCCUUAAGGAGAAGCCCGCAGAGAGGGGCCAGCCUGCAUCGGAAGGAACCCAUCCCAGAGAACCCCAAAUCCACAGGGGCAGAUACACAUCCUCAGGGCAAAUACUCCUCCCUGGCCUCCAAGGCUCAGGACGUUCAACAGAGCACAGACGCGGACACGGAGGGUCAUUCUCCCAAAGCACAGCCGGGGUCCACAGACCGCCACGCGUCCCCUGCUCGUCCUCCCGCAGCACGGUCACAGCACCAUCCCAGUGUUCCCAGAAGGAUGACACCCGGCCGGGCCCCAGAACAGCAGCCCUCUCCUCCCGUCGCCACGUCCCAGCACCACCCGGGACCCCAGAGCAGAGACGCGGGUCGGUCACCUUCCCAGCCCAGGCUCUCACUGACCCAGGCCGGGCGGCCCCGCCCCACGUCGCAGGGCCGCUCCCACUCCUCCUCGGACUCUUACACGGCGAGCUCCAGAGGGAUGCUCCCCACGGCCCUCCAGAACCAGGACGAGGAUGCCCAGGGUAGCUACGACGACGACAGCACAGAAGUCGAGGCCCAGGAUGUGCGGGGCCCCGCGCACGCGGCGCGCGCCAAGGAGGCAGCUGCGUCCCUUCCCAAGCACCAGCAGGUGGAGUCUCCCACAGGCGCAGGGGCAGGUGGCGACCACAGGUCCCAGCGCGGACAUGCGGGCUCCCCCGCCAGGCCCAGCCGACCCGGCGGCCCCCAGUCCCGCGCCCGGGUCCCCAGCAGGGCAGCGCCGGGGAAGUCGGAGCCUCCUUCCAAGCGGCCCCUGUCCUCCAAGUCCCAGCAGUCCGUCUCAGCCGAGGACGAGGAGGAGGAGGACGCGGGGUUUUUUAAAGGCGGGAAAGAAGACCUUCUGUCUUCCUCUGUGCCAAAGUGGCCCUCUUCCUCCACUCCCAGGGGCGGCAAAGACGCCGAUGGGAGCCUCGCCAAGGAAGAGAGGGAGCCUGCCAUCGCGCUUGCCCCUCGCGGAGGGAGCCUGGCUCCUGUGAAGCGACCUCUCCCCCCACCUCCAGGCAGCUCCCCCAGGGCCUCCCACGUCCCUUCCCGACCGCCGCCUCGCAGCGCUGCCACCGUGAGCCCCGUUGCGGGCACCCACCCCUGGCCGCGGUACACCACGCGCGCCCCGCCUGGCCACUCCUCCACUACCCCGAUGCUGUCCUUGCGCCAGAGGAUGAUGCAUGCCAGAUUCCGUAACCCUCUCUCCCGACAGCCUGCCAGACCCUCUUACAGACAAGGUUAUAAUGGCAGACCAAAUGUAGAAGGGAAAGUCCUUCCUGGUAGUAAUGGAAAACCGAAUGGACAGAGAAUUAUCAAUGGCCCUCAAGGAACAAAGUGGGUUGUGGACCUUGAUCGUGGGUUAGUAUUGAAUGCAGAAGGAAGGUACCUCCAAGAUUCACAUGGAAAUCCUCUUCGGAUUAAACUAGGAGGAGAUGGUCGAACCAUUGUGGAUCUGGAAGGGACCCCCGUGGUGAGUCCUGACGGCCUCCCACUCUUUGGGCAGGGGCGACAUGGCACACCUCUGGCCAGUGCCCAAGAUAAGCCAAUUUUGAGUCUUGGAGGAAAGCCGCUGGUGGGCUUGGAGGUCAUCAAAAAAACCACCCAUCCCCCUACCACUACCACGCAGCCCACCACUACUACGACGCCCCUGCCUACCACUACAACCCCGAGGCCCACCACUGCCACCACCCGCCGCACGACCACCACCCGCCGCACGACCACCAGGCGUCCAACAACCACAGUCCGAACCACUACGCGGACAACCACCACCACCACCCCCAAACCCACCACUCCCAUCCCCACCUGUCCUCCUGGGACCUUGGAACGGCACGACGAUGAUGGCAACCUGAUAAUGAGCUCCAAUGGGAUCCCAGAGUGCUACGCUGAAGAAGAUGAGUUCUCAGGCUUGGAGACCGACACUGCAGUACCUACGGAAGAGGCCUACGUUAUAUAUGAUGAAGAUUAUGAAUUUGAGACGUCAAGGCCACCAACCACCACUGAGCCUUCGACCACUGCUACCACACCGAGGGUGAUCCCAGAAGAAGGCGCCAUCAGUUCCUUUCCUGAAGAAGAAUUUGAUCUGGCUGGAAGGAAACGAUUUGUUGCUCCUUACGUGACGUACCUAAAUAAAGACCCAUCAGCCCCGUGCUCUCUGACUGAUGCACUGGAUCACUUCCAAGUGGACAGCCUGGAUGAAAUCAUCCCCAAUGACCUGAAGAAGAGUGACCUGCCUCCCCAGCAUGCUCCCCGCAACAUCACCGUGGUGGCCGUGGAAGGUUGCCACUCAUUUGUCAUUGUGGACUGGGACAAAGCCACCCCAGGAGAUGUGGUCACAGGUUACUUGGUUUACAGUGCAUCCUAUGAAGACUUCAUCAGGAACAAGUGGUCCACUCAAGCUUCAUCAGUAACUCACUUGCCCAUUGAGAACCUAAAGCCCAACACGAGGUAUUAUUUUAAAGUGCAAGCACAAAAUCCUCAUGGCUACGGACCUAUCAGCCCUUCGGUCUCAUUUGUCACUGAAUCAGAUAAUCCUCUGCUUGUUGUGAGGCCCCCAGGCGGUGAGCCUAUCUGGAUCCCAUUCACUUUCAAACAUGAUCCCAGCUACACGGACUGCCAUGGACGGCAAUAUGUGAAGCGCACGUGGUAUCGAAAGUUCGUGGGAGUUGUUCUUUGUAAUUCACUGAGGUAUAAAAUCUACCUCAGUGACAACCUGAAAGAUACAUUCUACAGCAUUGGAGACAGCUGGGGAAGAGGUGAAGACCAUUGCCAAUUUGUGGAUUCACACCUUGAUGGAAGAACAGGGCCUCAGUCCUAUGUAGAAGCCCUCCCUACUAUUCAAGGCUACUAUCGCCAGUAUCGUCAGGAGCCUGUCAGGUUUGGGAACAUCGGCUUCGGAACCCCCUACUACUAUGUGGGCUGGUACGAGUGUGGGGUCUCCAUUCCUGGAAAGUGGUAAUCACAGGACCGUCAUGCUACAAGCUUGCCCUGCCCAGCCCCACCAACUAAGUCACACUAGGGGCUGUGAGCAAAGACAGCCAGCGUGCUCAGCCCCACUGCCCUAGGUGCCAGGAAGGUCACAGAUGGACACUGGCCAUUCUGGUCAUCUCAGUCUGGAACUCAGUCCCACUUCUUGGCCUGGACAAUGAACAGGAUUCAGUUUUGCUGUUAACUUUGCUUCUCUCCUUUUUUUUGUUUGUUUGUAAUAGCACAUCCCAGAGACAUCAGAAACCAGCAACUGAUUCAGUGUGAUUUCCAGACUUUUUAGGCAUGAAAUUCGGACACUUCAGUAUUUCCAGGAAUAGCAUAUGCAUGCUGUUCUAGCUUCAUGGAAUGCUACAUGCUUUGUUUUUCUCAUUUUGGAUUUCUCCAAAACUAACUGAACUUAAGCUUCAGGUCCCUUUGUAUGCAGUAGAACGGAAUUAUUAAAAACACCACCAAAGAAAAUAAAUAUAUCCUACUUGAGAUUUACUCUAUGGACUUACCCACUGCUAGAAUAAAUGUAUCAAAUCUUAUUUGUAAAUUCUCAAUUUUGAUAUAUAUAUGUAUAUAUGCGUAUACAUAUCCACACUUGUCUGCAAGAAUAUUGAUUAAAAUUGCUAAAUUUGUACUUGUUCACCAGAUAAA